AUGGAAAAAAACAAAAGGAGAAAAGAUAGAAACAUGGAAGUGCUAUUAGCAAAUCAUUCUCUCUCGGCUCAAGAAUGGAUUGUUGAUUGCGAUGAUUGUGAUGUAGAUGAAGUAGACCCAAAAACGGUUGAUGAAGCUCUAGCAACCGAUGUUAGUCAAGCACCCCGAGAAAGUCCAAGAACGAGGGAACUUUUAGAUGAAGAUUUCGAGUCCGAAAGUGAGGAGCAAGUGUUAGAAGAAGACGAAUACGAGUCGGAUGGGGUUCAAAUAAUGGAAGUAUGCGGAUAA